AUGGCAGGACCCAGUCCGUGGCCAGGGGUCGCGUGCCUACUUGCCAGCUUCCUCUCCCUGGGAUGUGGCCUGGAUACACCAAAGGUGUGCCCGAGCCUGGACAUCCGCUCUGAGGUGGCAGAGCUGCGGCGGCUGGAGAACUGCACCGUGGUGGAGGGCCACCUGCAGAUCCUGCUCAUGUUCACGGCCACAGGCGAGGACUUCCGUGGGCUCAGCUUCCCCCGCCUCACCCAGGUCACCGACUACCUGCUGCUCUUCCGCGUCUACGGCCUGGAGAGCCUGCGCGACCUCUUCCCCAACCUUGCCGUGCUCCGGGGCACCCGCCUCUUCCUGGGCUAUGCGCUGGUCAUCUUUGAGAUGCCACACCUGCGCGACGUGGGGCUGCCCGCGCUGGGAGCCGUGCUUCGGGGCGCCGUGCGUGUGGAGAAGAACCAGGAGCUCUGCCAUCUCUCCACCAUUGACUGGGGCCUGCUGCAGCCUGCGCCCAGCGCCAACCACAUCGUGGGUAACAAGCUAGGCGAGGAGUGUGCCGAUGUCUGUCCCGGGAUGCUGGGGACUGCCGGCGAGCCCUGUGCCAGGACCACAUUUGCGGGGCACACCGACUACAGGUGCUGGACCUCCAGCCACUGCCAGAGAGUGUGUCCCUGUUCCCGCUGGCUGGCCUGCACGGCAGCCGGGGAGUGUUGCCACCCGGAAUGUCUGGGGGGAUGCAGCCGGCCAGAGGACCCUCGCGCCUGUGUGGCCUGCCGCCACCUCUACUUCCAGGGCGCCUGCCUGCAGGCCUGCCCUCCUGGCACCUACCAGCAUGAGUCCUGGCGUUGUGUUACUGCUGAGCACUGUGCCAGCCUGCGCUCAGUGCCGGGCCGUGCCUCCACCUUCGGCAUCCACCAUGGCAGUUGCUUGGCCCAGUGUCCUCCAGGCUUCACCCGGAAUGACAGCAGCAUAUUCUGCCACAAAUGUGAAGGGCUGUGCCCCAAAGAGUGCAAGGUGGGCACCAAGACCAUCGACUCCGUCCAGGCGGCACAAGAUCUGGUGGGCUGCACCCACGUGGAGGGGAGCCUCAUCCUCAACCUUCGCCAGGGCUACAACCUGGAGCUGGAGCUGCAGCGAAGCCUGGGGCUGGUCGAGACCAUCACUGGGUUCCUCAAAAUCAAGCAUUCUUUCGCCCUUGUGUCCCUUGGAUUUUUCAAGAACCUCAAAUUAAUCCGGGGGGACAUCAUGGUGGACGGGAACUACACUCUGUACGUGCUGGACAAUCAGAACCUAGAGCAGCUGGGGUCCUGGGUGGCCGCCGGGCUCACCAUUCCGGUGGGCAAGAUCUACUUUGCCUUCAACCCACGCCUCUGCCUGGAGCACAUCUAUCGCUUGGAGGAGGUGACGGGCACGCGGGGUCGCCAAAACAAGGCUGAGAUCAACCCCCGCACCAACGGAGAUCGCGCCGCCUGCCAGACUCGCACGCUGCGUUUCGUGUCCAACAUCACCCAGACUGACCGUAUCUUGCUGCGCUGGGAGCGCUACGAGCCCCUGGAGGCUCGGGACCUUCUCAGUUUCAUCGUGUACUACAAGGAGUCUCCGUUCCAGAAUGCCACAGAGCACAUAGGUCCAGAUGCCUGCGGAGCCCAGAGCUGGAACCUGCUGGAUGUGGAGCUGCCCUUAAGCCGUACCCAGGAGCCAGGUGUGACCCUAGCACCCCUCAAGCCCUGGACACAGUAUGCAGUGUUUGUCCGAGCCAUCACACUGACCACUGCUGAAGACAGCCCCCACCAAGGAGCCCAGAGCCCCAUCAUCUACCUCCGAACACUGCCUGCAGCACCUACCGUGCCGCAGGACGUCAUUGCCAUGUCCAACUCUUCCUCCCACCUGCUGGUCCGCUGGAAGCCACCCACCCAACGCAACGGGAACAUCACAUACUACCUAGUGCUGUGGCAGCGUCUGGCAGAGGACGGCGAUCUCUACCUCAAUGACUACUGCCACCGCGGCCUGCGGCUGCCCACCAGCAACAACGACCCCCGCUUCGACCACGAAGACUCGGAACUCGAGGCCGAGAUGGAGCCGGGCUGCUGCCCUUGCCAGCACCCCUCUCCUGGGCAGGCCCUGCCACCGCUGGAAGCGCAAGAGGCCUCCUUCCAGAAGAAGUUUGAAAAUUUCCUCCACAACGCCAUCACUAUCCCCAAGUCCCCUUGGAAGGUGACGUCUAUUAACAAAAGCUCUCAAAGCGAUUCGGGAAGGCAACGCCGGGCUGCAGGAGCUCUGCGAUUUGCAGGGAACAGCUCAGAUUUUGAGAUCCAGGAGGACAAAGUGCCCCGGGAGAGAGCGGUGCUAAGUGGUCUGCGCCACUUCACCGAAUAUCGGAUCGAUAUUCAUGCCUGCAACCAUGCCGCGCACACGGUGGGCUGCAGCGCUGCCACCUUCGUCUUUGCGCGCACCAUGCCCCAUAGAGAGGCAGAUGGUAUCCCAGGGAAGGUAUCCUGGGAAGCGGCCAGCAAGAGCAGCAUCCUCCUGCGUUGGCUUGAGCCCCCAGACCCCAAUGGACUCAUCCUCAAGUAUGAAAUCAAGUACCGCCGACUGGAAGAGGAGGCCACAGUGCUGUGUGUGUCACGCCUGCGAUAUGCUAAGUUUGGGGGGGUCCACCUGGCCCUGCUGCCCCCUGGAAACUACUCUGCCCGGGUUCGGGCGACCUCACUGGCCGGCAAUGGCUCUUGGACAGAUGGCGUCGCCUUCUACAUACCAGGCCCAGAGGAAGAAGAUUCUGGUGGGCUACACGUCCUUCUCACUGUCACCCCAGUGGGGCUCAUGCUGCUCAUCAUUCUCACGGUCCUUGGCUUUUUCUACAGCAGAAAGAGAAACAGUACUCUGUACACCUCUGUGAACCCUGAAUACUUCAGCGCCUGUGAUAUGUAUGUCCCUGACGAGUGGGAGGUGCCUCGGGAGCAGAUCUCCGUUAUCCGGGAACUGGGCCAAGGCUCUUUCGGGAUGGUCUACGAGGGGCUGGCACAAGGGCUGGAGGCUGGAGAGCUGUCCACACCGGUGGCCCUGAAGACCGUGAAUGAGCUGGCAAGCCCCCGGGAGCGCAUUGAGUUCCUCAAGGAAGCAUCUGUCAUGAAGGCAUUCAAGUGUCACCAUGUGGUACGUCUCCUGGGGGUGGUGUCCCAGGGACAGCCAACUCUGGUCAUCAUGGAGUUAAUGACCCGUGGAGACCUCAAGAGCCACCUUCGAUCAUUGCGACCUGAGGCAGAGAAUAACCCUGGGCUCCCGCGGCCUGCCCUGGAGGACAUGAUCCAGAUGGCUGGGGAGAUCGCCGAUGGCAUGGCCUACCUGGCCGCCAACAAGUUCGUGCACCGAGACCUGGCAGCCCGGAACUGCAUGGUGUCCCAGGACUUCACUGUCAAGAUCGGGGAUUUUGGGAUGACACGAGAUGUGUACGAGACCGACUAUUACCGCAAGGGCGGGAAGGGGCUGCUGCCGGUGCGCUGGAUGGCCCCCGAGUCCCUCAAAGAUGGCAUCUUCACCACCCACUCGGAUGUCUGGUCCUUCGGCGUGGUGCUCUGGGAGAUCGCCACCCUGGCAGAGCAGCCCUAUCAGGGCCUGUCCAACGAGCAGGUGCUCAAGUUUGUCAUGGACGGCGGGGUCCUGGAGGAGCUGGAGAGCUGUCCCCUCCGGCUGCAGGAGCUGAUGCGCCGCUGCUGGCAGCAGAACCCACGCCUGCGCCCCACCUUCACGCACAUCCUGGCCAGCGUGGAGGAAGAGCUGCGUCCAUCCUUCCGCCUCCUGUCCUUCUACCACAGCCCGCAGUGCCGGGCCGGCCGGGCCUCCCUGCCACCCACCGAUGCGGAGCCCGACGCCCUGCCCAGCCCCAAAGAGGCCUCCUCAAACUGCAGCACCCCCAACGGGGGCCCGGGGCACUGA